AUGCGGCUGGUGAGCUGGAACAUCAACGGGAUCCGGCGCUCGCCUGAGGCCCUGAAGCACCUGCUCGAUUCCCUGGGGGCCGAUGUGACCUGCCUGCAGGAGACCCGAGUCACGCGGGACCUGCUGGAAGAGCCCCUUGCCAUCGUGGAGGGCUACAGCUCCUACUUUAGCUUCAGUCGUUGUCGCAGCGGCUACUCAGGUGUGGCCACCUUCUGUAAAAAUAAUGCCACUCCAGGGGCAGCUGAAGAAGGCCUGACCAGCCUGCUGACCACUCACCAGGGCGCUGUAGGCUCCUACGGGAACACAGAGGAGUUCACUGAAGAUGAGUUGCGGUCUCUGGACAGUGAAGGCCGAGCAGUUCUCACACAGCACCAGAUACGCACUUCAGAUGGGCAAGAAAAGACCUUGACAAUCAUGAAUGUCUACUGUCCCCAUGCGGACCCCGAGAAGCCAGAACGGUUGACCUAUAAGCUGCGAUUCUACCGACUCCUGCAACUUCGAGCUGAAGCCCUCCUGCAGGCAGGCAGCCACGUGAUCAUUCUGGGUGAUGUGAACACAUCUCACCGGCCUCUGGACCACUGUGACCCUGCUGAUCUGGAGUGCUUUGAAGAGAACCCUGGGCGCCAGUGGCUCACAGAGUUCCUGUGGCAGCCUGACAGGGACAGUGGGCUAUUCGUUGACAGUUUCCGUCACUUCCACCCAACCACAGUUGGUGCCUUCACCUGCUGGUCGACUGCUACAGGGGCCCGCCUCACCAACUAUGGCACUCGGCUCGACUAUAUCCUUGGUGACAGAGCCCUAGUGCUGGAGGAGUUUGAGGACUCCUUCCUCAUGCCUGAAGUGGAGGGUUCAGACCACUGCCCCAUUGGGGCCACCUUGAGGGCUGAGCUCAUCCCUGCCCCUCGAUGUCCCCCACUCUGUACCCGGUACCUGCCAGAAUUUGCUGGGCGGCAGCAGAAACUCUCCCGGUUCCUGAUCAAACUAGACCCAAACUCCACAGAGCCUGCCUCAGCCCAGCUCCAAGAAAAGAAUGAUGGUGUUCCACUCAAGACCCAGGCCAAGAGAACCUGUGGGGACCUUGGCCAAGGUCAGCUGAGCCUCCUGAAGUUCUUCCAGGCAGGCCGUCCUCCAGAAAAAUCCCUCGUCACUGGAGCCCAGGAGCCCAAGACUGAUCCAGCCAGCCAGGAGCCCAAGGCAGUGGCACCCCCACUCCCUGAACCAAGCAGAGGCCAGGCAGCAUUUUGGAAGGCAGUUUUGAAAGGUCCCCCUCGUCCUCCCCUAUGCAAGGGCCAUGGGGAGCCCUGUGUGCUGCGGACAGUGAGGAAAGCUGGGCCCAACUUUGGCCGACAGUUCUAUGUCUGUUCACGACCUGUGGGCCACAUCAGCAACCCUGCUGCUCGUUGUGACUUCUUCCUCUGGGUCUCGGGGAAGACCCCAGUCACUCAUUGAGGGCCAUGUGAGAGAAAGAGCCUGCCUGCUGUCAGGUUGUUCCUCUUUCCUACUCCCUUGGAGAGCCCUGCCGCUGUCCAUCUAAGGAUGUAAGGUCAUGGAGGUCAGCAUCUUUUAGUGGCUGUUCGCAAAGGCCACAGGUAGGUGCCCUGGAGCAGGGGUUGUGGGACUAAGAGAGACUCAGGGCAAAGAAUGAAGCUGCUGCUAACCCAGACUGUUUAGCUUUCCCAUAAAUAAAGUUUGGA